ACAUAUUGUAAGAAGAGUUUGAGUUUGUACUGAACAAGUACUCUCACUGAGUCGUCAAUCACCGCUGUUUUUACAUUCUUUCAAUAGCAUUCAUGAAACUCACUAGCUUGAGAUCUUAUCUUUCUUAUGACCGGUUUGGCGUCUCGGCUCCCUUCGACCCAGCCUGUAGGCUUGUGACAUCUCCGUUCUUUUCCCCUCUGAGUCUCGGCGCACUUCGUCUGCUGUUUGCUAUUUAUUCGCUCGUUACAACAAUCACCGUCCUCGUUUUUGAGUCUGUUCGUUUCCACGACGCUCGUAGUUUUUUUUCUUACUUCACCGAUCUCAGUUACGUCGGCCUUGUCGCGUACUUCUGGGCCUCCAGCGUCCAAACCAUAGUAUUUGUGUUGUGGGGACAGAAGGCAUACCCUUUACAAAGAUGGCCGCGGAUUCUACAACUCUUGCACGUCCUCCUGUACACCACCAUCACUAUAUUUCCAAUUAUCGUGACUGUUGUUUUUUGGACUCUACUUGCUUCUUCAUCGACUUUUAGCACCCAGUACUCAGCUUGGUCCAACGUAUCUCAACAUGCUAUGAAUAGUAGCUUUGCUCUAUUUGAGAUACUCCUGACGAAUGCCGGUCCUAGUCCAUGGAGCCACAUCGUACCGUGCUUCAUCCUUUUUGCCUGUUACCUCGGUGUUGCGUAUAUAACACAUGCAACGCAAGGAUUUUACACCUACAGUUUCCUGAAUCCGUCUGUAGAGCAUGGGCUGUUAGGUGCUUACAUUGUCGGCAUGGGCGUUGGUUACUGCAUUCUCUUCACGAUCGUGAAAGGUAUUUGUACACUGCGUUGCCGUCUGGUUUCGCCCUCUCGUUUGGACCCUUCUGAACAAGUACAAUCCGAAGCUAUGGAUGAUUGGGAACACAUUAAUGUCGAACAGCCGAAGGAGUCAACUGGAUCUGAUGCUUGAGUAUUUAAAACCCCUUUAUUUAUUGUUAUCUUCAUGGUUUGGACUGAGUUGACUGCUGGUAGUGGAAUUUCCCUGGAACAUCAUGUUUGUUCUUAUACUACGAUGUUGGUUAUGUAUUAUUAUGCCAUCGGUCUUCUUCCCCGCGGGGUUGGCUUUCGCACACGGAUGCACCGUUAACGUUGUCCCUCCAGGAACUAGGAUGCCGACUAUACCAGGUCACUUGCCAGAACUUACCACGAGCUCAAUUCUCUCAGCAUGAUUUUAUAGUCACGUACAAUGUCUAUGAUUGGUAUAUUCCGGAUGCUGACUAUUCUAGAGUCUUCAUUUUGCUGAUCAGCACGGAAGGCAUGCAACCAAGAUUCCGCGUUCUCACUGAUGACAUCAUGGUCACACGCAAGGCCUGCCCUAUCUCAGGCGCCAAUAAUAAACAAUCAGGCGGUUUGAAGAUACAUGCUUGACGUAUGACUAGCGCGCUCUUGAGCGUGAAAUUUCAGG